GGGGUGGGGUGAGGGGGGAGAAGAAGACGGAGCGGAUCUGAACCCGGUUCUGUUCCCGGGGCGCUGCUGCUGCUGCUGCUGCUGAAGCCCAGGAUGAUCACCAUGUCUCGGGUGUUUCCGCUCCUCUCCUCCCGGUCAUGAUGAACGCUGCGGCGGCGGCGGUCGUCCGCAGGAUGCCCUCGGCGGCCCGGCGGAGCGGAUGUUGGAUCGCCUGGUGUCAGGCGGUGCUGCUCGGCGUGUCGGCGCUGGUGAUCGUGGCCGAACGGAGCGCUCGUAAGUGGGCAGAGAAAUGAGCUCGGAGCGGGGCAGAGGUGGAGGGGGGCAUGGAUACAGAGGGUGGGGGUGUUGUUUUGGAGGGGUGGGUGGGGGUGUUUUGGUCGGCUGUAGUGAAUGAAUGUUGAUCAGCCAUGAUGCCUCGUGCAGACCGAGCAGGUUAGACACCAUCAACACGGAGAUGAUCGUGCUGCUGUUACCCACGGUGACUCUGUGUCCACUCUGCUGUAUGCAAAUACAAAUACUAUUCUGUUUGUCAGGCUGGGGGGGGGCCCAGGACCUCUGAGGGUCAUUCCGCAGGGUCACGUGAUAACUACAACCAUUAACCCCUGCAGAAAAUGACCGUUAACCUGUGGACAUGUACACCUCUGUGCAUUUACCCUCCAAAGUAAAUAUUUUAAAUAGAUAUUUUUUACCACCAUCAGCACUAAAAGUGUUAAUAUAGAGUAAUAAACGCUGAUCUGAACAGGUGUGCAGCUCUCUCUCUCUCUCAGGUGUGAUGUGUACCUGACUAAGCAGAUCAAUGGGCCAAGGACAGGAUGAGAACAAAGUGUGACUUUACCUCCGGCUGCUCUAUCAUUCCCUCAGGACCAAAAUACUGUUUCCUGCGCCACGGACCCCACAGUGGAGUCAGGCUGUAACAGAGAAAAGAGGACGUUAUAGAAACGUUCAGUUUAGUGACGGGGUGGACUCACAAACCAUCAUCAUCAUCAUCAUCAUCAGUGUGUUAUUACAGACAAGUGUUAGCUUCAUUAAAGCCUGAAUUACAAACAGAGCUGGAUCAGCAUCUCUGAAACUGAAGGACAGUCAGCUGGAGUCAGUGUGCACGGUGGAGUGAGUGUGCACGUGGAUUGAUUUCCUCACUUAAUAGGAUAGAUUAUAAACCCUAGAAGACGAUCUCUGGGUGAUGUUCAUGAUGAAAGUGGGUUUGGGUGGAUUUGACAGCUGCAUGUAGAAUAGUAGAAUCGUCCUUUAUUGUCAUUGUAACUCGUACAACGACAUUUAAAAGUGCCAGACGGUCAGUGCAUAAAUAAAAUAUUAACACUACAGUAAUAAAUACUGCAAUAAUAAAACACACACGUGCACAUCUACCAGACAUCCUGUCAGUUGGUAUUGAACAAUUCCACUACAUCUAUACACUGUGUUACAGGUUAUUCAUAAAGCAUUGAGGGCAGUUAUUGCUGUUUUUGAGUCUGUUUGUUCUGUAAGGUCAGUCAGAGUGGUCCUGGAGUUUACAUGUUAUCUUUAUUUAGCGCAGUGGUUAUGAAUAACUAUCACAAAGUCGUGAUUCUUAAGAGAAUUCAGGUGGAGAUCAGAAAUAUUGGAGUCAGCUUUAAUCAUUUUUACUCAUAAUCUGACAGAUUCUGGUUCUCUCUCCUGUUAUUGUGCCGAGGACCCUGAGUCUGAACCAGAGAAGACUCACAUGGAAAAGAAAAUGACUUAACAGUUUAUAUAUAUAUUUUUAGGAUUUUUUGUUGAUGAAUGCCUAAUUUCAGUUAUUUUGAUGCAUUUUUAUCUGGUCCCUUCAUGGCUCUUUUUCCUCCCUUUGGACAUUAAACAGUUAAAAUAAAAGACUUAAUUUCUCAUGUUUUGUCCUAUUUUGAUGACAAGGUCUUUUUCUUGGGUUUAUUAUUUCAGGCGAUAGUGACGGUGUUUCUAAUUUUAGCGACAGUCUUCUGGGGUUAAUGAAAAACAAACAUUAGUAGACUUAAUACUGACAGCUGUGUGUCUUUAUUUGUGUGUGUUUGUGUGUUAGUGAUCUACUGUAUAGGCUUUUACCUCUGGAACGAGGAGACGCAGUGGGCGGGCCUCACUCUGGGCCUCUUCCUCCCGGGUACGGCGGUCCAGCUGCUGAGUGUGAAGUGGUACUAUGACGACGGCGAUGACAGGCGCUGUUACCUCUCUGUGAUUCACAUCCUGCACUUGGGGAUAUUCAAAAGGUGAGACUUGAACACUGAGGUUUCAUCAUCCUGGUGUCAUUGAAACCUUCAUCAGGAGGUGACAGUGUGUCUCACUGCUCCUGUCUUUGUCUCCCUCUCCUGGCAGGUUGUGGGACUGCAUGAGGGCUGUGUUCCGCAUGCAGGACUCUGUGGCUGAUCUGGGAGUCGCAGUCAUGCAGCAGGCAGAUGUUGCUGCUCUGUGGCUGCUGGAGGCCCUGGUCCUCACGCUGCCCCAGAGUCUGCUGCAGGCGUAUGUGGUGGUGUCCACCGAUGUGGGCGUCAUGUCUCCUGGUAACCUGAUUUCAGCGUCGAUAAUCAGAUGAAGUUUGUGUCUGUUGUUGUAGGAAGUGUCUGGAUGAGGAAUAACGUCUAUUUCCUCCUCCUCGCUCAGUGGCGUACUGCUGCGGUCUGUGUGUGCUGUCCAUCUCCUGGGCGCUGGUGUUGUACAGCAGAGCUUGCUGUCUGAUUCGACCGGGUCACCUGGCCAUGCCGCCGGCCGCCCUGCUGUGUCAGCUGGUGUGGAGGGCUGGGAUGCUGGGUGCCAGGGUGACCUGCCUCAUGUUCUUCGCCAGGGUCUUCAACUGGUGGGUCUGUGGAGUAGCAGGUGAGACUCAGAGAAGAAGACAGAGGGCGUAGAUCAGUGGUUCUCAACUGGUCUCACUCUGGGACCCACAUUUUUCUCACGGUCCUUCAGUCCUGACCCACUGUUAAAGAAUCCAAACCAAGUAAAUGUAGUAAACUUUAAAGACUCAAAUCUUUAACAUUAAUACACCCGUUUUACACCCGAGUAAAGUGGAUUUCAGAGAACAUGAACUGAGGACGACAACUACUUAUACAGAAAACAUCAAAUAUCAAAUAAACGUUCCUUUCAAAAUAAAAGACACGUCAAACAUCAGAUGAGCAUUAAAUCUUUACUUUUUUGACCAGCUGUUGGCGACCCAUUCAGAAUGUGUCUGUGACCCACUUUUGGGUCGGGACCCACCAGUUGAGAACCACUGAUGUGAAUCAUUCUGUAACUCAUGCAUGUUUUUAUUUACUUUAUUUAUAUUUACAUAUAUUUUUGUUUUCUCUGUUGCUUUUAUCUCUGUUGUUUUUAUCCUGUUAAGUGUCCUUAUAAAUAAAAUGUAUCAUUAUUAUUAUUAUUAUUAUUAUUAUUAUUAUUAUUAUUAUUAUUAUUAUUAUUAUUAUUAUUAAUAAUAAUAAUAAUAAUAAUAAUAAUAAUAAUAAUAAUAAUAAUAAUAAUAAUAAUAAUAAAUUAAUGCACUCUUUAUGUAAAUUCCCGUGGUGUCGUGAUGACCCUCAGUGAUGCAGCGUGUCCUCGUAUCCUGCUUUAUGUUGACUCCACAUCUAUUUCUACGUCGACCUCCAGGUUUCCACUGGCUCACCGCCUCCUUCUGGCUGGUUUCACAGCAGCCUGACAUCUGCACCGGCCCCUGGUGUUGGCGAGCCUUCAACGCCAUCAUGGGCCUCGUCCACGUCUUCCUCUUCCUCAACGUUAAAGACGGACCCUCGCGCUUCCGCAUGGCCAGUUUUUAUGCAGUAAGACACGAACAGAAACGAUCUUGAGUUUGAUUGACAGUCUCGUUGACGUGCGCAGAGAGGAGGUAGUUUGCACGGUUGUCCUCACGUCUGCGUAUUUAGUGACGCUGUGACCUUCUCCUCUCCUUCAGUUCAUGCUCAUAGAGAACGCCACGCUGCUGCUGGCCGCCUCUGACUUCUUAAGUGAAGCAUCAUGGGACAGCAUGACCCUUCCCACCGCUGUGCUUUGCAGCUUCCUCCUCGGUGAGUCACCUUCUCUCUGUCUUCUUCUUCUUUGGUUUGUUUUUAGAGCAGCGUCGUCGACCAGGUUUGAUCUUUCACUCUGAGCGAUGUGAUUAAAGAUUUGAUGUUUGUUUUGAUAAUGAGGAGGUUUCAUGAAGAGUUUGAGGAGCAGAUGUCCGUCACCUGAGGUCUGAUUUUAAUCCUUCCUUGUCUCCUUCGUCCUAGGUGCUACCUCCCUGGUCUUAUAUUACCGUUUCCUCCACCCAAAGUCCACCGAGAUCUCCCAGGGAACCAACCGUAACCACAUGGGCAGCACAUGCAUCGAGCGCGGGGAGUCGUCCUUCUCUCUCGGGGACAAAAGUCUUCCAGCUCCCUCCAUCUCCAUCCAAAACCACGGCAGCUUCUCCCUCUCAGGUGUGGCCGGUUCUCUGCUGGAGCACCCCGGGACCUGCGGGGGCCGGGCCAACAGCUCCUGCCCGUGUUACCAUCACCACUGGCUCCUCAUCCGGCUGGCUCUGAAAACAGGAGACCUGGGGAAGAUCAACAGGGCGUACGGCGCCGGAGGAGCGGCGGCCAUACUGGACUUGGAGGAGUACAACCAGGAGUAUAAGAGUAAUGAGGGCAUGACCAUCACGGCGGGGGACGAGGGUGUCUCCACCUCCGAGUCUCAGGGGAAGGGCCUGGCUCCUCUCUCGGACUGUAAGGAUGAAUUUCAGAGCGUGAGUGAACCCACGACCACCGAACCCCCCGAGGAGGAGGAGGAGGAGGAGGACGACGACAGCCUGGAGAUGGAGAGUCCGCUGGAGUCGCCUGCUUCCGAUUUUAAACGGAGCUCACCGGAGGGAAAGUCCGUGUUCGGGGACAGUCCUGAGCCCUACUUCUGUCCCACAGAGUCCAGUUCCACCUUAUACUUCAGCGCUGAUCCUCAGUCUCCCAGCAGUGCCAGUAACCCCCGUCUGGACCGGGACAUUCACGAACAGGGGGUCCGUCUGAACUCCAUCCCCAGCGAUCCGGCCCUUCACAGGGAUGUGCGUGGACUCAUGGGUCGCGUGGGGCCGCGCUGCACCUCCACUCCCAGACUGGACUCCGGGGUGUUCGACUCCCCGUCCAGUGUCCCCCAUCUCACGGGUCCCAGGAGGCAGCUCAUCAUGUCCCGCAGAGACGAAGACGACAGCUUCUAGCCAACAUGGAGGACAGCUUCUUCAUCGCCUCUCAACAUCUGUAUCCUUCGCACACUGUGGGGGUGUGGCAUAUGCAACAGUUUCCAGCCAACGCUAAGCUAACCUGUACUCGACGCAACACGGUUUCUGUCAGAACUGCUUCUGCUUAAACAGAAAUAAUCCUUCAGGGUUUCCAGCAGAGAACUUGAAGAUCAGACAAAAGCUUCUCGGCCUUUAGGUGGUCGUGUUCAGAGCUCAGACACACCUUCUACCUGACAUCCAAUAAACACGUUUUUAUUCCUUUGGCAGCAAAUAACUGACGCCUCAACAACAACAACAACAACAACAACAACAACAACAACAACAACAACAACAACAACAACAACAACAACAACAACAACACCACUGUGCAAAAAAAACAAAAAAAACAAAAAAAAACAGAAAUCAAACACCGGCUUUGCCAUCGUGAAGUAGCCAUGAGUAGAAGAAGUAUGCUGCUGUUUUAUAACCAGACAGACGAGGAUCUCUAUAUUACAAACAGAAACAACUUCGACUCACUCUGAUGAUUCUGAGCUGACAUGUAAAUUUGGGAAAUUGUAUUUAGACAUGAGAAGACACGGAUCUUCUGCCUCUCAGUGUGAGCUGGAGUGUUGGUGGUUUUUUUGAAAGCACAAGCAUCUUCUGUCGUCGUCGUCUUUUUCAUCCGCUUCAUCCUGGUCCGGGUCGCAGGGGCAGCAGCUUCAGGAGGGAAGUCCAGACGGCCCUCACCCCGGCCACUUCCACCAGCUCCUCCUCCUCCGGGGGGAUUCCCAGGCGCUCCCAGUCCAGGAGAGAGAUAUAAUCCCUCCACCUGGUCCUGGGCCGGCCACAAGGUCUCUCUCCUAACCAGAUGCCCGAGCCACCUCAGCUGACUCCUCUGGACGUGGAGGAGCAGCGGUUCUCCUCUGAGCUCCUCCCGAGUGUCCGAGCUCCUUACCCUAUCUCUAAGGCUGAGCCCGGACACCCUGAGGAGGAAACCCAUUUCAGCCGCUUGUAUCUGCGAUCUUGUUCUUUCGGUCAUUACCCAAAGUUCAUGACCAUAGGUGAGGAUCGGCACGUAGAUCGACCGGUAAAUCCAGAGUCUCUCCUUACGGCUCAGCUCUUUCUUCACCACGCUCCAUCCUACCUUCACUCCUGAACAAGAUCCCGAGAUACUUGGACUCCUCCACUUGAGGCAGGACCGCCCCUCCGACCUGGAGAAGGUGAUCUACCUUUUUCUGACUGAGGACCAUGACCUCGGACUUGGAGGCGCUGAUUCACAUCCCAGCUGUUUCACACUCAGCCGCGAACCGCCCCAGUGAGAGCUGAAGGUCACUGCUCCACGAAGCUAGAAGAACCACAUCAUCCGCAAACAGCAGUGACGUGAUCCUCUGCCUGCCGAACCGGACACCCUCCACCCCUGAAGUUCUGAACAGAACCGGAGACAAAGGGCCGCCCUGGAGGAGUCCGACUCUCUCUGGAAACAGGUCCGACUUGGUAAAAGGAUCUUCUGUAUGAUAAUAAUUCAAUUGCUGUGAUUUUUCUGUAUUUCCAUUUGAAGGUCAUCAGAGAAUAAUCAGCUGUUUUUGUGAUAAGAGUUGACGUUACAGGACACGGGGCUGGUGUGUUGGAGAAACUGUGUUGUUAGAUGUUUGAACUUCAUUUACAUGUUGAUCAUGUAAUCCCAACGAUGUUUUAACGUGUUUUUACUCUAUAAUGGGAGAAAAUAUCAUGUCUCAGGCACCGACUUUAAAAGCUUUCAGACGUCUCAUGUAAGAAAAAGGAAAAGAUGCUUUUGAAAUAUUUGUAGUCCCUUUUUUUAUGUGCUCUUGGUUUCUAUUUAUAAAGAAGAGAUGUUGUUUUUUUUUGCUUCUUUGCUGUAGGAAGAUGAGAUCCACUAACAAAGCAGUUUAGUGUUGCUGUGGUUGCUUCUCUUGCAACUCGAUGACUGCCUAUAUUCAAUGAUGAACUGUGAAGUGACGGGCCACUGGUGGCUUUAAGGAGCAAUAAACUGCCCACUUACUGGGGUGACUGGAGUACGA